AUGGAUAUCAGAUUAAGACAGCAAUCAGCAAUGACCUAUCAAGAAUACUUAAACUAUUAUAAUAAGGAGCCAGAUUCUCCCCAUAUAAAGUAAUAAUAUUAUUUAAAAGUUAAGGCCCAAGGAUAGUCCAGUAGAACCUUUAUCAGAUUUAGAAUUGAGUCCUGUUUAGGAGAAAUAUCGAAAAAAGUUAACAGUGUAGAGCUGUAAAGUUAUCAAUAUUAAUUCAAAACUAUGA